AUGCCGAUUCGCCAUGCUUACCCGGCUAGACUCUUUAAAAGAUUUAGUAGUGUGUUAGUAGAUAUCAUAGAACUAGAACUUUUGCAGAUGGCCGUGUACACUCCAGUCGUCUUAUCGGGAUCCAACCUCAAGGAUCGACAUCGUAACCUGAACAAUUUAGUCCAACACGCUUUCGAGGAAAACCUCUGCGUUGAAGAUGUAAUCAAUUUACAUGAAAACUCACCGAUUGACCGAAUAUUCAAAAUUGAUCUAGCGUCUAAAUAUAGAUAUGUCGACUUUAUCCUGCAAAAUCUAAAAGACGACAAUAUGCUUUAUAUCAGCAGAUGUCUGAAAUGUAUGUGGUUGCUGGAGCCACAAUAUAGCAAUAUAAUCAAUCCUUCUCAUCUCGAGAGUUACGUUUAUCCAGAAAUGACUUUACCUGCUAUAAAUAAAAUGAAAAAUUGGUUGCACUUGAAUUUAAAAGAUACCGAGAGAAAUUGCGAGUUUUAUAACUAUUACAAAAAUAAUUUCGAGUACGCCGUGAAGUUUUUCUGGCAUUGUUCCAAUGAAUUCAUACUAAGUGAAUUCUCAAGUAUCGUAGACAAACUGUCGCAUAAACAUAUAAAACGAAUUUUUGAAUCAUGUCCUAAAGCAUGUCAAUUAUAUUUUGAGAUUUUACCAAAAAAUAAAUUGGCACUUACACGAUAUGUUGAAAACGAAUCUGAUUACUUCAAAAAUGUGAAAUGUCUUCUAAAAUGGGAUACCGAUAUGUAUUUGAAUAUUAUCGAGAAAUAUUUUAACAAAGAUCGGUCAGAGCCGUUUAAUUCUAUGACAACUCAAUAUGUGUUGAAAAAUUGCAAAGAUAGAAUUUUUGCGAAAAUUGAGUUAUAUGCUUCUUGUAUCCUUCACAUGAACACGUUAGCUGCCACUUUGAAGAGCGACGACGCUAAAGAACUCGUCCUAAAGCUAGCGAGAGCUUCGUAUCUUGAACAUUGGUUUACCUAUAAGGCUGUAGAGCCUUUAAUAAAGCGCGUUAGAGUAGAAGAAAGAGCUAAGUUUAAGAAACAAAUAUUUGUAGACAAAUCUAUCGACCAGAGAAUCAAAGAAUGGCCCUAUGAAAUACCGGUGCCUUUUAAACUAGAAGUAGAAGAAAAAAAUGAUUUUCUUUUAGACGUUGAACAUGAGUGGUGUUCAUAUAGACGUCUUGGUAAACGUACAAUUAAGAAAAAAUAUGGUAAGUUUUAUAGUCAAUGCGAAAUAUUAUCCAUGGGAAAAUCUCCUUUAGAUUUAUUAUUUGAUAGAUAUCGCUUUAUGGGAUUUGAACAAACAUACAAUGAGUUAAAAUUGAAACUUUUAACAGAAAGUUCGAUUCCGGGAAGAUUGAACAUAAUGUUGGUUCUUGUUAGUAAAAGCGGAGGUGUGUCAGAUCAUGUUGAAAAGCUGCUAUCCUUUUUAGUUCAAAGACAUCUGAACGAGCCAACCACGCUCAGAGCGGCGGUGAUCAGGUCUUUCGUUAACAGACAGUGCAUUUGGCGUUUACCAGAAAAUUCUUGGAACCUGUUAUUGGACUUUGGUCGAAAUUUAGGUCUCGAUGGCCUUAUUGCGGAACAUUUCUGCCGUGAAGGUCUCCAUGCUGUUAUCAUACGAUACCUCUUAGCAUGUGCUCCGGUUCCUCCAAAUGUAUUAACAGGAUUUCUACGCGAAGAUUCAUUGCUAACAGAAUAUAAAUUAAGUAAAAGUGAAAAAAGUCUUAUUGCGAAACAAUUACCACCUCUUUUUUUACCAUCAAAUCCCGAUGCUUUUAUAAGGGCUCUCAAAGAAUAUAACGUAAGCAUAGACGACUUUCCUGAAGCGAAGCCCGUGCUCGUCAAACUGGCAAAAGAAGACUCAAAUUUAGUAAGAAGUCUCUAUCAUAGUAAAAUACUACGUCGAGAGUUGUUUCGUGAAAUAUUUACCACGGAACAGUCUGAAGCAGCAUACAUGAAUGUGUUACGACAUGAUAUAUCACCACUUGAACAAGGCAAAGCUUUUGUUUCAUUAGUUCAAGAAAAAGAACGCUUAAAAUUCGAUAAUUUUUUACACUCUUUGUCUUUAUACUUUAGUGAGCCCGGUGGUUUAGCAGAAAUGCAUAAAUAUGCUCUAGAUGAACAGUUAAAAGUCGAACCCAAGUCAAUAGUGGCGCGCUCUUUAUGCAUUUUAUCAUCUGAUAAGUGGCUUUUGUCACGUCUUUCGGAGUUAGAUGGUCAAGGCGAUGAUAAAGCAAAAAAUAAAUUAAAUAAACAAGUGGCAGCGACAUUCAGAGCUAACGCUCACAAAACAAACCCACCUAUAAAGAUUGACGAGUUAAACUGGCGGUGGUUAGGAGCUAAAGCAGUUGCAAAUAAAAUAUUCAUAUGUAGAGCAAGGGAUCGUCAAAUGUAUCUUAAGAAAUUAUUAGAUUGGCGUCGCACUGCGAGGAUUUCGAUUCGUUUAGCGUAUGGGACUGAUCACGAUGUUGAUACUUUCUUACAAGCUUGUUCAAUAAGACCUGUAGCGGCUCUUAAAGUUGCUCUAUCUACAUACUUAAGACAAAAGGACGUCGAUCUCCGCAUAUGGACUGCUGUUAAGUCAAUCAUGGAAGAUAAAAAUGAAGACUUAUCAAAAAAUACUCGUUUAUUUAAAAAGUUAAAUAAACUAGUUUCUGUACCUAAAUCUAUUGAGACAGAUUAUCAUAUAGUCAUGUUCAAAACUUAUCUCAAACAUGAUAUACAUAUGGUUCACUUGAAGUACCUGAAAAACCAUCUUCCAGAAAUAGAAAAGAGUUUUAUAUAUGGAGUUGUUGCAGAUUUCAUUAACAAACGUUUAAAUCCCUUAGAUUGCUUAGAAAAUAAAGAAGAUUACGAAUAUAAUUACGUAUCUAUUAUUGCCAAAUGCUUGCUCUUGUGCGAAUCUGAACAGCAACAGAAGUAUGUGUUAGAUAAUGUCUGUGACCCGUUCUUUGAUGCUGUUCAGAGUUUGUCACCGACAAAGACAGAAAAUGAUCUAAUAUGUAAAUAUUUAUAUGAAUUUAUAUUCUGUUUAAAAUACACAAAGGCAUUUUUAGGACAAGAGUAUAUAAACCUGUUACCUGUGUUUGAGAGGAUUAUGAAAAAACUGCAUAAAAUUUUGCCAACUCAAGAAUAUUUUGCCAAGUAUGUGGAAAUACACUUGACUAUGCUCUAUUAUAAGACGAUAAAGCAAGUUUUGCAAAUACGACCGGACGUAUUCGAAGAUCCCAAAAAGACAAAAGAAUGCGUACAGAUAGUUGGAAAAUUGUUUGGAAAAUACAUUGGAUUUGAAAUCAAAGAGUUGGUAUCCAAAUAUUUCCGAUCUAUCGUGAGCUUGUAUGCGGAUGUUUUGCAAAAAUACUUACAAGAAUAUUUCGUACUUUAUCGUGGUAAUAAUAGAGGAUUAUAUGUAGCGUGUGUUAUCAAAGGUCUGUUAGAAGUCAAUUCCACCGACGCCACUAUUAUAGCACAAAAUUUGUUCAAACAAUCCUAUCAGUUCAUUGAAAAAUCUUAUCAUGACGAAAUAUUAAAAAUGUUCCUGGAAUGGAAUAACGAUGAAGUAAAAUUUUUAUUAUGUUCAGAUGUCUUUCCUAUGUUUUAUUCAAAUUAUAAC